CACGUCAGUGAUGUCGUCGUUAAAGCAGUAUCGUCAUCUGGCUUGUUCAGUUUGCCGGUAGACGUCGCUACGGUUGCUCGAAAAUUUCCUAUCGCUGUGUAUUCGCAUAAUCUACGCGUGCCAAUGUGUGUGUUGCAUUUUUAAACAGUGUACUUAAAUAAUUUUAUCGUGUGUGCGACUGACGUAUGCUGUUAAUUCAUUUAUUUAAACAUAACUCGUGUGGUCGCAUGUUGAUACAGACGUGCAUACUUUCGUCCAUUUGUGCUAGUGCUAUGAAAACCGUGUGCUCCUUUCUCGAGUCACGAUAUGAGUGGUGCGUGUAAACUGACAAUGACAUUAGUAAUCUGUGAUGUAAGCGCGCGGGAAAUUUGAGUUACUUUCUGAAGAAUGUUGACAUUAAGAUAUAUUUUUUGCAUAGAGUGCAAUAGAUUCUUGCCAGUAGUGAUGUUCAGUGAAAGUUGUCGGAACUAGUGGACUUGUUGACAUUGUCGUACCGUACAUACGUUGACGCCCUUGUAUCAUUGGCAAUAUACCAUAUAUGCGAAGAAUUUGUAUACUUCCUUCAUAUUUGUUGAAAUAAAUAAAUUAUUUAGCAGAUCAACAGGAUGUCGUUCACAAUGAAGGAAGGGGGUUUCGGGGUAGGUGACUAUGUCGCGUUCGGUGUGCUGUGCGCGUCAUCUUGUGCCGGUGGGUUGUGGUAUAGUGCAAUAGGUUCUAGAAGCAAGGCUUUGGUAGACAUUAAGGAUUACCUACUUGGAGGAAAGGCGAUGUCAACUUUUCCUGUCGCUAUGUCGUUAAUUGCCAGCUAUGUCUCCGGCGUCACAAUCCUCGGUACGCCGGCAGAAAUCUAUAACUACGGUACACAGUACUGGCUGGUGAUCGUGGGGAUCACCCUUAGCUGUAUCGUGGUGGCCACCGUAUAUUUACCUGUGUUUUGUACGCUCAGAUUGUCGUCAUCAUAUGAAUAUUUAGAACUUCGGUUCAAUCGCCAUGUUCGAGCGGUAGCAUCAAUACUCUUUCUAUUGGACGAGGUAUUGUUCCUGCCCAUGGUUGUUUAUGUUCCUGCACUAGCAUUUAAUCAAUUAACGGGUUUUAAUGUUUUUGCCGUGGGUGGUGCGAUGGUUGCAAUAUGCGGCCUUUAUACAGUAUUAGGCGGUCUGCGUGCGGUGGUGUGGACAGACUCGGUGCAGACGGGCGUUAUGUUCAUCGGCGUGGUGCUGGUGGCGGCGGCCGGCACACUCGCCGUCGGUGGCUUUGGAGACGUGCUCAGUAUAGCUAAGGAGUCUGGAAGACUUGAUUUGUCGAACUGGAGUUUUUCUCCAUAUGAGCGGCAAACGGGAUGGGGCGCAGUGGUCGGUGGGUUUCUAUAUUGGACUUGCUUCAAUUCCGUCAACCAGACUAUGGUGCAAAGAUAUAUAGCUCUUCCAAGCAAACGGGAAGCCAUUACCGCGUUAGCUAUAUUCUGCUUGGGCGCGAUCCUCGCGAUAACUCUGUGCGUAUGGUGUGGGCUGGCGGCGUGGGGCGCGUGGGUACGCGGCGGCUGCGCGGCUGCGGGCGCGCCGCUCGUGGACGACCGCCUGCUGCCCGCCUUUGUCACGUAUGUGGCAGACGUGCAGCACCUGCCUGGACUCUCCGGCGUCUUCCUCGCCGGCGUCUUUGGGGCUGGCUUGAGUUCACUGUCUGCGGUACUAAACGCUUGCGCGCUGGUGGCGGUGGAGGACAUCCUGCACGGCUGGCUGCGCCUGCGCCUCAAGCCGCUGACGGAGGGCAUCCUCGCGCGCUCCGUCACCGCCGCGCUCGCCGCGCUCUCCGUAGUAAUGCUCGUCGUUAUAGAGAAGCUUGGCGGGGUACUCGGCGUGGCGACGGCGCUGUCGGCGAUCGCGGCGAGCGCGACGUGCGGCAUGUUCACGCUGGGCAUGUCGUGCUGGUGGGUGGGCCCGCGCGGCGCCGUGUGGGGCGCGGGCGCGGGCGCGGCGCUGGCGGGCGCCGUGUCGCUCGGCGCGCAGGCCGCCGCCGCCGCCGGCCUGCGCGCGCCGCCGCUCGCAGUGUCCGCGGCCUGCGCGCUCAACUCCACCUACGUGUCGCUGCAGAACGACCUGGAUCCAGAAACGGUAUUCCCUCUGUUCCGUGUGUCGUAUCACUGGAUCGCGCCCCUCGGCCUUCUAGCGACCCUCACCGUGGGGUCUAUUGUCGGCUGGUUAUUCGAUAAACGGGAUGAUUCUAAGAUGGACGCGGAACUUUUCACACCCAUCGUUUGGAGAUUCUUACCAAGAGAAGCUCAAGAAAAUUCUGGAUUAACGAGACGAGCUCUGAACACGAAGAAUGUGGAUUCUCCAACACCAUCCGUACCUCUUAUUCUUGGCCAGACUUUGGAUAAAAUUGAAAUGAACGGAGAGGCCAGUAGAUGAUGAGCCACAUAAGAAUUAAGACUAAAAUCGAAUAUCAAAACAACGGGUUCAAUUAAAAUCGAUUUUACAACGAGUGUAUUGAAUAUUCGUUAAGAAUUUUUAAUAUGUGGAAAACACAUUAGUUUUCAUGUCAAAGGUAAGCUUUUUAUUUUAAUGUACACACAAUCAGUAUCACUUUAUGUACUUAAUAAAAUACAAGAAGUCAUUUGUAUACAAAUUGUAGUUAUAUAACAUAUAUAUAUAUAUAUUAUUUAUUUAAUUUUAAGUUAGUUUUAGACGACUAAGUAGAAUCAUUCCUAUAAGAAUAUUUUGAACCAAUUUGUGCAAAAACGAUGGAUGGAAAAUAAAGAGGAGUUUUAGAUUUUAUUAUAUAACGUAAUGAUUUAAUAUACUUGUAUAUAUGUAUUAUAAUUGAAAGCGAAUCGCGAUUAUGAACGCGCCAUCCUCUCAAGAUCCUCUUACUGGUGGUAGAGCUAUGUGCAAGCUCGUCUGGGUAGGUACCACCCACUCAUCAGAUAUUCUACCGCAUAACAGCAGUAUAUGGUAUUGUUGUGUUCCGGUUUGAAGGGUGAUUGAGCCAGUGUAAUUACAGGCACGAGGGACAUCUUAGUUCCCAAGAUUGGUGGCGCAUUGGUGAUGUAAGCGAUGGUUAACAAUUUCUUACAAUGCCAAUGUCUAUGGGCGUUGGUGACCACUUACCAUCAGAUGGCCCAUAUGCUCGUCCGCCUUCCUAUUCUAUAUAAAAAAGGUGACCUAGAGGGCCCAGUGAUUAAGAGUUAAUAUUAACCGAAUAAUGCGAGUUCAAAUCUGUAUAAGCACUCUUUCCAUAUUUAUUUUCAUUAAUUUGUAUUCAUAAAUCUCGUGCUAAACGGGAAUGAAAACAUUUCGUGCACCGUAUGAAACUCUAUCACAUGUGUAUUCACUCUUCAUCCAUCGACCUGCAAGGUACAGCGUGGUGGAAUAAGUUCCCAACUUUUUAAGGAGAGUAGCCCAGCUGUGGGAUAAACUUUUACUACAUUAUAUUAAGAUGUUGAUUGUGAUUUAACUUGUAUUUGUAGUAGACUUGAAAGACAAUAUUUGAAGAUAUUAAAUUUAAAAAAAAGUAUAAUUUGUAUCACAAUUUACAACAUAUGGUAAGUAAUUAUUUAUUACUUCAAAUUUUUACCUUUAUAAUAUAUUUUGUAUAAUAUAAUUAUAUAAUUUUACUAAACGAAUGUUUAUCGAAAUUGUGUAUAUGCUUAGAUUUUUUAUAAACUGUAUUGCAGUCGAAUAUUUAUAUUAUAAUUAUUUUAGAUAUAAAUUUAAAUGUCAAUCUUUUAUAACUCCACUUGUUAAGAUAUUAAAGUAUAUUUUAUAAGUAUUUUAGGGAUAAUUAUAUUUUCAAUGAAUAUUUUAAUCGAAUAUAUUUGUAUGUAUUAUAUAAAUUGUUGAUGUUUUUAACGGACCAAUUAUAGCGUUAAAUAUUUCGUUGUUUACAAUUAAAUUUCGUUUUUGAAAAAUAUACUAAAACAAGUAAAUUUUAUUUUGAAUAAAUCCGAAAUUUAUUAAUAUCCAAAGACAUGAAUAAUUUUAGAGUAAUACAAUAAGUUACCAAAUGAUAGAUAAAGUAAGGGAGUGAAAAACAAUUAAAUUUACCACUUAUUAAAAACAAUAUAUUUUACUAUUUGUCAUUGCGACGUAACUUUUUCCGUUUUCAAAAUAAACGAUUGCAUGUGUUCAUUAAAUUGAGGAGAUUAAAAUGGACCUUCCAAAAAAAAAAAAGGUUUAACGUAAUAGCAAAAUAUUACAUUGCUCGUUUAAAAAAAUAACUUCUACUAAUGAUAUAGUCUGAAAUUUUCCCACUACUUUGAUUGUUGACAGUUUUGUGAGAAUUAUUCACUCGAACGCACUCGACGUUUAGAGAGAGAGCUGGUUCUUCCUGACUGGCCUAGCCAGUCCGAGUACGGGCCUCGGGGUUGCCCCCUUUACCCGGGCUGAUCCUCACCGGCAAGUACUACUUGCCGUGUCGUACGAUUUUUGGCCCAAAAGACCAGAGUCAGAACUAACCGAGUGGUUAUUACUUUUUAUCCGGUUUUUAUUUUUUGAGGUUUUUCAUGUCCGGGUGGUUUGUCAGUCCGAUAGUUGUUGUCGUCCUAUCAGUACGACGUUUAGACAUGGAAAUGACUUUUUAAUGAACAUUUUUUCAAAUAGUUGUCGUUGUACAAAUGCUAGAACACCAGUUUUAAUUAACUACAAGGUUAGUUUGUGGGAUUUCACGUCCAUCUUGAAUGGUUACUGAAAGAAACAAAAAAGGCCAUAAGUAUUUAUAUAAUACAGAUUAUAAUCACUAAUGUUAUUGCCAUAAUUAUUUCGGUAAUAAAUUAUUUAAUAUUUAAAGUUUUUAUAGGGAACGGAUAUUGUAAAAUUUUAUUUAAUGGUUUAUUAUAUUAUGUAAUAAACAAAAUUAGAUUAUAAUCUAAGCCGUAUAUUAACUGGUAGUAGGGUUAAGUACAAUCCUAUCUUGACUACUUCCGACUCACAGUAGGUCAUAUAAUCGGCUUUAAUUCGGUGUAACUGAGAGUGAGCCACCUAAGACCUAUGGGUCAUUUAAGAUCAUAUUUUGUCAAUAUAAUAAUGUUUAUUAUUGAUACCAUUGCAAAGAAAACAAUUAUAGUGAUAAUGAAAAGUGUGAGGAAAAUCACUUAAUUCUUUAACGUUUCUCAUAUUAUAAGAUAUUGUUAAAUUCGUUCGGAAUUUAUCAUUGUUCAUAUCGAAUAUAAAUAAAAAUCAUUUAGAUUUAAUUAAAACAGAUGAAGUAUAUUUUGUACCAGUAAAGCAAAUCAUUUAUACGAUUAUAUGCCGAAUUUCGCGUAUACGAUUUUUAAACUGAUUUGACAUUAAAAAUAUUGCUGUCUCUUACACUCGUAUAAAGUAAUAAUGAGCAAGCUACAGCGGAUAUCGCCCGUAAUUCGGCAUGCUGAUCGUGCAUAAUUUUAUAUAUAGAUAUUUAGUUAAAAAGUAAUUUACUUUCGGUAUUUCCUACACAUAUACCUAUUUCAUCAGUCUUGGACGGGUGGACAUUUAUAUUAUUUAUUAUAUAUAUAAAAUAAUAACUGACUAACGCCCAAAUUAUUGGGGCUAGCACUUUGAACAUUUGCAUACCUUCAGGUUGCAUACGGUAGGUUAGUACAAAGGUUGAAAGUACGUAUGAAAAUCCUUUAUUCUUGACGAAAGAAUACAGAGAAGCUAUGGAAAUUGAUACUUAGCAAUCCUGAAUUAUGACGCGAGUGAAUCCGCGGGUAAAACGCUAGUAUAAUAUAAGUAUAUGCGUACAUUGUCCUCUUUGGGAACUAUUAUAAUUUCUGUUCCACCGUAAAAUUCUCCAUAGCGUUUUAAGAAGAAUAAAUUCCCGCUUUUUGGUACAAAGUUAUAGGAAUAGAGCGACACUUCAUAUAACUAUGUAUUUAUUAUAGUUCGCUCUAUAGCUUGCCCCUUUGUACUCUUAAGAUAACAUGUCUUUUAAAUUUGUCAAAUAGCUUCAAAUAUCAUGUAAACACGGUAUUUUGUAUCCUGACGUUCGUUAAUCAAGUACCUGAUUUCACGGUUGAUAUAAAAUAAAAUUUUAUAAAUUAUAUAUAUUUUUCUAAAUUAUACAUUUUG